AUGACGAAUGUUGGGAAAAUAUCUCUCAAGCGGAAGUUUAUAAAAGCUGGAGUGUUUAAGGCUGAGUUAGAUGAGUUCCUUAAACGUGAAUUGGCUGACGAUGGUUACAGCGGUUUUCAAGUUCGUGAAAGCCGUAAAUACACGGAAGUCAUCAUAUUAGCUACAAAAACCCAGAGUGUCCUUGGUGAGGGCUCACGCCGUAUCCGAGAGCUCACAUCGGUUUUGCAAAAGCGCUUCGGAUUUCCUGACGGUACCUUGGGACUGUUUGCCGAAAAGAUGACAUUCCGUGGUUUGAGCGCUAUUGCACAGGCGGAAUCGCUUAGAUAUAAACUGACAUAUGGUUUGCCUGUACGGAAAGCAUGCUAUGGUAUACUCCGAUUCAUCAUGGAAUCUGGAGCGAGAGGUGCUGAAGUUAUCGUUUCUGGUAAAAUUAAGGGUCAGAGAGCGAAAGCCAUGAAGUUUUGUGAUGGACUCAUGAUCCAUUCUGGAGAUCCAGUUAAUAAUUACAUUGACAAGGCUGUGCGUCAUGUUCAGCUUCCACAAGGUAUACUAGGAAUCAAAGUCAAAAUUAUGUUGGAUCACGAUAGUUCCGGCAAAAAAGGUCCACGGAAACCCUUGCCUGACACCGUCACAAUUUUGGCCGCUAAAGAAGAAGUUUUACCAACUGCUCCAUAUUCUGAAAACAAAAUGUAA